GCGCGUAUGACCGCCAUCUUGUAAAAGUAUCUGUAGUGUUUGGAGGUUUAGCGAGAAGGAACAGCAGCUUCGCCGGAGGCUGGAAGUCCUUUUGAAGUGGUUGCAACGGUCCUUGGCAGUCCCUGGGCACCCAGGUGACCUCGUGCGAGGCCAGGGUACCUUUAAGCUGCUAGGACAACCUCACGGCCGACAAACUCAUUUACACGCCCGACUAUUGCGAAGAUGUCAUGUUAUUUAGAGUUCGGCAUCAACGGGUGGUACUGAGGGGUCUAGUCCAGCCUCUAGCCCUGCCUCAGCAACAAGUCUCACUAUGGCUGCACCAAAAUAUGGUACCUUGGUUCCAAAUCGCAUCUUUGUAGGCGGUAUUUCAGCUAAUACCAGCGUAGAAGAACUUGCUCAACUUUUUUCCUCUUAUGGCAAUGUAAAGGCUACAAAAAUAAUUGCUGACCGUGCUGGUGUCUCCAAAGGUUAUGGAUUUGUUACCUUUGAAACUGAAGAAGAAGCUAAAAGACUUCAACAAGAGUCUGAAUGCAUUGUAUUAAGGGAAAGGAAAUUAAAUAUAGCACCUGCAAUUAAAAAACAACCCUUCAAUAGAUCUUUGGAUGGUGGUUCUGGAUCGCCACCAUCUGUACCUACUAGUACUUACUACUACCCAAACGGUAUGGGGCUGACUUACCAAAAUGGUAUGACAUUUUAUAAUACAACAGCGCCAACCCCAACGACGCCGAUUGCCCCGCCAACUGAUCCAGCAACUAUUUACCAGGCUACUGGAGUGUUCGGGCCACAAGCUGCUGGUCAUCAAACUUUCGCGCCUGUGAUGUACCCGUGUCCUGCUCCAUCUAUCUAUAUGCCACAGCAAUAUCAGUAUUCACCCAUGCCGUACGAGUGUUAUACAGGGGCAGUCGCCACCGGAGCUCAUCAAUACUUGUAUUCAACGAAUAACUCGCAAACCAACACAAAUAGCAGUAAUUCUGGGACUGGUAAUAAUGGCACAGGAGCGACCAGCCCACCAACGGGUCCUCCACCACCUCUUCCAUCUUUACCUCCUCCAUCUUUACCUCCUCCACCACCGACGCAUUUUUAUCCUUCUGCCGCUCCACCACCGCAUCAUCAUCCACCGGUACCUGCAAGUCCUGCGCCUCAAAUGGAUCACAUUUACUACCCUUUCGCAGCUGGGCCCCAUCCACCCCUUGCACCACAUACAUCUAUGGGAUUGACUGAUCAACAGUUAUUACUUUUCCCUACUGAUGCUUCAUGUCAACAAACGUCUUCAUCUGAUGGUCAAGUUGUUCCCCAGGAGGAUUCUCGUUCGACAUCAAGCCACUCGGAGCAAGCACAUGGUGAAACACAGGUUGCUUCAGGCUCAACCACACCCUUGGUGUCCUUAUUGCCCGUGAAAUUUCCCAUGUCCGGUCGUUACACCAAUUAUCAUCCAAUUGCAAUACAUACCGCUAACGUAUACAGUUCCCAGACAUGUUUAAACGAAACUGAUGAUUGCAGUGGCAAUCAGAUGCAUUGCAGGGCAAUCGUAUAUCAUCCAGCAGCCGUUUACAUUCCUCAUACGCAUACACCUCCAUUUCAUAACACAUCCGGUGGUACUAGCCUGUUGCCAACACCUCCAUCUGUAUCACAUCAUCAGUUAUUCGAUUCUUCGAAAAGUCAAUGCUUCAAUUCUAGAGAUUACACGAAAUCUGGAAACAUGAACGGCCAAAACAAUUAUUCAAAAUCACAGAAUCACGGGAUCAUGUUGUCGCAUCAGAAUCCAUUCUUUCGAGCUCAAAACGUAGGGAAUUCUCAGUCAUACAAACAUAGUAAUAUAGAUGGAAAUUAUAAGUACAUGACACCGGCGAUGAACUCGCGAUUCUCUAUGCAGUAUAACAAAAAAGGUACUGGUUCAAAUGUGGGCUCUCCGGCUUGUUUCGUAGCACAAAAAUUGUCAGAAAAUUAUAACUCGGCUCAAAAAUCGUUUGGUUCGAAUACAAUCGGCAGUCAAUCAUAUAAUUGCACGAAUACACAGAAAACGUUCAAUCCAACAGCGAAUUUCGACUACGCGAAUGAUCGUAAGAUUAACAGCAGCGGUGAUCAGUAUUUCGAAAACGCGACGAAAACGAAUAAUUAUUCUAGUCGUAAAAAUACGACAAAUUAUAGAAAAAAUGGUGUUAUCAUCGGAUCAUCGGAUCAAGGAGAUAACAGUUCAAAUAGUCAAUCAAAUGAUAAGUACGUGACUAAUAUCAAAAACGAGAAUAGCAGUUCGCAGGAUGUACAAGGGACGGAGAAUAGUAGUUCGGAAAAGCCGGUGAGCCCACCACCAGCACCGUAUUCGCCCAUGACAAGACCCCUUCCAACUUUGUCACCACCCACGUCCCAGGUCCAGUUCUACAAUCCGGCGCAAAAUCGCUAUCAACCAUCCUUAGCCCCGUCCCAGCAUCAGCAACAGCAGCAGCCACAACAACCGAAUGCUCAACGCCGGUAUACCAUCGCUCCUGCGUUGUCCGCGAGCAGAAAACCGUUGGAGAAGUACGCGAAUUCCGGUUCUCAGACAACAACCACGACGAUGUUACGGCAGAACAAGUACAAAGUCAAUGGAAUAAUGCAGACUGGUAACAAAGUCACAGAUGACAGUCUUGGAGGAGCUGGUGAUGCUCCGCCAGGUGUUGGAAGAAUGCCGAUAACACCACCUGGAACGCCGAGAACUCAUUCAGGACAUCCUGCUGGCGACCAAAAUCAGCUAAGCGAUACGUGCCAUCAGAUGCAAGCUCUAAGCCUUUAAAACUCGUUUUCUCGAUAUACAUGUAUGCGUACACAGGCACGAUUCGUUUUUCUUCCCUUUCUUCUUCUUUCGGACCUAACUGUACGUAUGAUAAAUGUUACGUACGUGUAAUGUUAGAGAUAGGUAGAUAGAUACAUAGAUAAAUGCAUUCUUAAUUUCGAAGCCGCAUUAAACGGAAAAUAAUGAAUAAAAAAAAACGUGUCGAUUUACAGACGAUAUUGAUGAUUAAUAUAUUUUAAAAAAUUAUAUAGAACGAACACGAACAUAUUUGAAAACUCAUAUGUACUCUAUUCUCUUGUGAUCUCAGUCUCAAAUCUUUAAAAAAAAAAAAAAAAAAAAAAAAUGGAAUGGAAA